AACUAAACUUGUAGUUAGUUUUUCUGAUGUUUUUGUUCUUGAUCUAAUCUACCGAUUCAGAUAUAUAUGAAUUUAUUGUAAAUGUUUUAAUUAAUUUUGUAUACUACUCAAAUGUAUUGAAAGGUUUUUGUAUUAAAUGAUAUUCUACACAAAAAAUUAUGAUCAUCUUCUAACCUGUCUGUACAAAAGCAUAUUUUAAGUUAAUACCAUUAAAGUUUAUUUAAUUUUUAUAAAACAAAAUAUUUACGUUUGUAAAAGUUUUAGAUUUUAUUAUGCAAGUCUAUUUCAAGAGAAUGAAGAAACACAUAUUAUUCUUGAAUUUCUUUCAACAUUUAAAGUUUGUAUGAAGUUCAUACAUAAAGUCUCUAAUCCUAUUUUCCAUGAUGAAACAUUUGCAUGGAUUUUGGAGCGCUAUUCGAUAAUUUUCUUUGAGUUCAUAUCAGAGUUGAGAGGGAAAAUUCAGAUGCAAUCUUUAAGCGAGGAAAAUGAUUUGUGCUCUAAAGUUAAGGAGCUUGAGAAAGAAGCUAUGAAGCCUGAAAAAGUAAAAUCUCGUUGGCGUCGCAACAGUGAAUUAGAAACAGGUGACAAGUCAUCUGUUUCAGACGUUGAUGGUGACAAAGCGAUGACUGCAAAAACAAAAAUGGUGGUGGAUACUAAAAAAGACUCUGCAAAUGAUACUAAAGUCAUAGAUUCUAAUGGAGAGGUGAAAGUAAAAAUGCCUGUUUAUGAUUAUUUGGAAGAAAACGUGUAUCUUUUUGAGAGGAAACGAUCGAAGGGGAGGAAAGAAGCUCGUCGAAUGUUAUGUGAUUGUUCUCUUACUGAAGAAAUGCGACAAGAGGGUAAAUUAGGAUGCCAGGAUGAAUGCUUGAAUAGAUUACUGAUGAUUGAAUGUGGUUCACGAUGUUCUUGCAAAGAGGCUUGCUCUAAUAAAAGAUUUCAAAAAAGAUUAUAUGCAAAAGUGGAGCCUUUCAAAACUGAUAAAAAAGGGUGGGGAUUAAAGCUUCUGGAAGAUGUACCAAUAGGCAAUUUUGUCAUUGAGUAUGUUGGAGAGGUUAUAAGUACACAAGAAUUUAAACAAAGAGUAAAACAAUAUGCUCGAGAAAAAUCAAAUCACUAUUACUUUAUGGCCUUGAAAAGUGAUGAAAUAUUAGAUGCAACAAACAAAGGAAAUUUAUCUCGCUUUAUGAAUCACAGCUGUGAUCCAAACUGUGUAACACAAAAAUGGACUGUGAAUGGUGAGCUACGAAUAGGCUUCUUUGCUAAAAGAGAUUUAAAAGCUGGUGAAGAACUUACAUUUGAUUAUCAGUUCCAACGCUAUGGCCGUGAAGCUCAAAAAUGCCAUUGUGGGACUGAAAUAUGUUCUGGUUAUAUUGGUGUUUCUAAUGAAAUAUCUGUAGAUGUCAGUAUAAAAUCAAAUAAGCGGAAAAAGAAUGAAGAGAAAAAACUUGAAAAUCAGGAAGAUUUAAUACUUGAAGAAGAAAUUGAAAAAUUGUCAGAAAAUGGUGGUUUAAGAAAUAAGGAAGAAACGCUAUUAUUAGCAAGACUGAUGGUUCGUGCAGAGGAUUUAUCUUCUCGAGAAAAAUUGUUGGAUAUUCUUCUAAGAACCACUGAAAAUAUCCUCAGAUUGUUCCUUGAUUAUCACGGCUUAUCAUUGCUUUGGAGUUGGAUGGUCGAUUCAGAUGAACCGAAUUUUAAAAAUAAAAUAUUACAGGUUUUGUCUUCACUUCCUGUGCCAAAUAAAACAAUGCUAUUAGAAAGCAAAGUCUAUAGCAUUGUUGAACGAUGGGCAUCAGUGCAUUGUAAAUUAUUGCCUUCCGAGGUAACGGAACAGUCAUUUAACUGUGAUAAAAAGUUUAAAAAAUCCUGUGAUACAUCUGAUAGUGAUACCCCUAUUACUUCAGAAAAUGAGGAAAAUAGUCUUAUGAAUGGUAAUUCGGAAAAUGCUUGUCGCUCUGAUGAAGAAAGUAGAGAUCUUCCUGAGGAAGUUAAUCCAAAGAGUAGUAGUGAAAUAUCAGUCUUUGCUAAUAAACUGCUUUCAUCUUGGAAGGAACUAAAGGAGGAUUUCAGAAUACCUAGACGUGAACAGCCUAAAUCUCAUUUUAAAGGUCAUUCACAUAAUAAUAGUAGAAGGCAAAGAAGAAUGUGCUGGUCGUGCCAGGACUCAGGUGAAUCAUUUUGCAAGCAUUACUCUAGAUGGAAUCAUUCUACAGAAAGGAACAGAGAUUCUUGGAAUAGUCGAAGCAGAAAUAAUUCCAUUCAUUGUGAAGAUCACAAUAGGAAAGUUUUGUUACCUACUCCUGAAGGACUGUCUGUAGAAAAUCUCAAAUACUCACCCAUUGGUUCUCAAACUUUUACAAAAGAGGAAAGACGUGAAAGAGUUAUUAUACCAAUCCAUGAAAGUGGUACUAUGGCUAAUCACAAAUACUCACCUAAUAACUCUCAGUUUUCAUCAAAGGAGGAAAGACGUGAAAGAGCCCUCUUACCCACUCCCGAAGUUGCACCUGUGGAUAAUCAUAAGUACCCACCAAACUCCCAUGUUUUGACCAAAGAAGAAAGACGAGAGCAAUUUGCUCGCAGUGUCCAACUAGAGGAGCAAAAGAAAAAAGCUCUACUGGAGCAGCAAUAUGGAAAUGGACUAAUUAUUGAAAACAAUUGUAAUAAUUAUAAUUACAAUGGCAAUUCAGAAUAUAAUUUAACAAAUGAUAAUGGGAAUUAUGCUCUCAGUGUAAAUUCAAACAAUUAUUCUUUUACCGAACUUCAGAAUGGGCACACUUAUAACUCUUAUUAUUAUAGUACUGAUGCAUCACAUCCAAAUCAACCUCAAUACUUGCCUAACUCAAUUACAAACGAUUCUGUAAAUGUGAAUAUUACUUUGACACCUGAAAAUGCAAAUACUUACCAACAAGAUGCUUUAUACCAGACUUCCCAUUCUCAGGUGCCUUUUGUUGGUACGCCUUUGCCGGUAAUAUCACAUCAAGCCUCUGUUAUGUUACCUGAUAGUAAUCAUUUAACUGCACCUAUAACUGGAAUUGGAACUUUAAAUUCAUCACCUCAUGUGCCUGCUUCAUUACCGGUUUUAAAUCAAGAAAUUACUGCACCAUCCAAUACAGUUAUACAUCCAUCAUUAUAUUCAUCAGAGCAAAUUCCUGGUCAAGAAAACUAUUCAACAUCAUUUUCUACACAUUACCAUGAACAUUAUCCUGUGUCUGAGCAUAACAAUAUUCUUUAUUCACAGUCUCAAUAUCCACAAGUGCUUCCCGCGCAGGUUGUUAUUGACCCAACACAGUCAUAUUUAGAAGUUAAUGGUGAAGCAAAAUCAAUAGUUCCUACAACUCUUCCUCCAAACUGGAAAACUGCCACUGACUCUGAAGGAAAUGUUUAUUAUUAUCAUGUAUUAACAAGGCAAACCCAGUGGGAUCCUCCAGAGAGGGAAAUGCUCGAUACUGUUGAUGAUCCUGAUGAAGACACACCUACAUAUGAUGAACCUAAAGAACAUAAACAAACUCUAAGAAAAAAAUCUCAUAAAAAGCACCCGAAGAAAAGAAGUACGACUACUGCUGCAGCCGAUACUAGUAGUGUUCAAGUUACUCAUGAAGUGGCAAAGAAAAUUAAAGAGCUUUUCCGCACCAAAAUGUCCACAUAUGUAGUUUCAAUUUUAAAUCCUUAUCAUAGGGAUGAUUGUAGAGUUGGAAAAAUUACUAGCAAUGAAGAUUUUAAGCAUUUAGCUAGAAAACUCACACAUUUUGUGAUGGCAAAAGAACUAAAGCAUUGUAAAAAUGUGGAAGAUUUGGACUGUAAUGAUAAUGUAAAGAUCAAAGCAAGGGAUUUUAUCCAUAAAUAUAUGUCUAAAUUUGGACCCCUGUACAAAAAAGAAAAAUAUGAGUCACUCUUUGUAUAGUUAAUUUUGUGUUUUGAAUCAUAGCUAACCAUAUACCUGCCUUUAUCAUAACUACAUAUGAUAAAUUAGGAGUCAUCAGAAUUUUGAGAUUUCCGUUUUGUAAAUAUAAGUGGAUAAAAAAAAGUUACGAAGUUCGUUUUAAACCAAUUUUGUUUCUGUUUGAGGACUUGUUUGAUCAUGUCAGAUUUAUUUAUUAGCAUUCAAAUUCAAUCCUUCCUUUUAAUUUUUUCAUGUUACAAUUUUUUUUUCUAAAAUGCAACUAUACCAAUACAUUGUAUAAUAUUAAAUGUUUAUUGGUUGAUGUUGUCUUUCAAAACCAAAAUAUGAAUGACUUAUUCCUUUCAUUUUUACGUCCUUAUUGCACACCCUGAACACAAUAAUUUUAUUUAAGUGAAGCCAGACCGGUCCGUGCAAAUAAUGUAGAAGACUUAUUAUAUUUAAAUUGCUACUAUGUUAUAUUAGCUCAGUUUAUUUUGGAAUUGUUAUUAAAUCUGUGUAGUAAUAAUCAAUUUUAUUUCUUACUGAGUUAUUACUGUUAAUUAACCUCAAUCUCUCAUUAAUUUUUGCAUAAUUAAGAAUAAUUUGCCUUUCUUAAUAUCAGUUAUAUAUUUAUAUACCUGAACCAAUUUUUACUACAUCAUCAUUAUUAUAAGUUCUUCGAUUAUAAAUCGGAUUCAUUCUUCGAUUUCAUUUAAUCAUUACAUAUUCAUUUGCCUCAUGUAUAUUUGUUGUGAACUAAGUAAUGAUCUAUUACUUACUAUUAUUCGACGUAAUUUUACUUCAUGAAAUAUAAUUUUUUGUUAUUUGUUAGUUUUUAAUAUUAACUCAUGUUUCCAAAAUCAAUUAUGUUUUUAACAGUAUUUUUUACAUUAAAAUAUGCUUAAAUGAAAGUUUAAUCUAAUUUUUUGAACAUCAUAUCCUAUUCAUCAAUUUCAUAGACUGAAUAGUUCAUAAAAUGAAAUGAAAUUUUCAGGCCUGUUAUCUAAAGAGUCAAAUCAAUGGUCUUAACUUUUUAAUAUUUGACUAAAUGUGACAACUGUGCAAUUUGAAAUGUUAAUAAACAUUCAUAUAAUAUUUUAAAUUGUAUUUAUACCGCAGUGCUUUUUGUGCUUAGAUGCAUUAAAUCACAACUAUGCAUUUUUAAUGUGUUUAAAUAGUAUAUAUGCUGUUAAAAAAAAAUUGUGUUCAAUAAUUAUGCAUUAUUCAAUAUUAUUACAAGAGCAAUUUUUUUCUCCUAAACUGUUUUUAAAAAAUCAAAAAUACAAUAUAUUUUUGGUACUAAAAGUUAACUGAUUUAUUUUUAAUAAAGUUAAUGUAUAUUUUUGUAAGUAUGCUUGCCUAUAAUGAGAGUUAUUUUGCAAUGUUGCAAGUUAUGCCUAUAAAGAUAAAGUGUGAUCAUAAAAUUAUUUUUUUUUUCUUCUUUAGUUUAUUCUUAAUUGCAGAAACAUGUCAGCAAGGUAACUCCAAUCACCUGGGUUUAUAAAAUAAACUGUUCACUAAAAUUUGGUUUUUCACUAAUGUUUCCUCAUAAUGUAGAUACAAUUUUUAUUAUUAUUAUGCAUAGCUUGCAACCUUGUUUUUUGUAUAUCAGCAAAAUUCCGUACAAGACCGAACUAUGCAAAAAUUGCAAUAAAAACUUUUACCAAAUAUUUUUGACUCUUGUAUAGUAUUUGUAACAUUAAGGUAUAAUUUUUAUUUGUGCUUAGAAUCUUCAACCUAUUAUUUUCAUAUUAAUACGGCUUACUUUAUAUUUUGAAUCACAAAUAUUAUCUAGUAAUGUGGUCAAUUGCAUAAUAUUUCAAAAAAAUUUCAACUUUGAUAUUAUGAGUGUAUCAAUCUUGUCUUUGUUUUUCCAAUGAUUUUAUCCAGUGUUGUAAUUAAAAAGUUGUACAGUGUUAUGACUGAAAAGUGAUGCUGAUGUCUGAUUUUUAGCUGAAAUGUUUUCAAAUAAUGUUUAGAUAAUUCUCGUAUCUAGAAAAAUAUAUAUUUUUCCACACUAGUUUUAAAUUUUAUUUCCUGUGUUUUUUCUUAUAUUGUCAAAGCUUUUUCCUAAUCAGUCUAAUCUGUUAUUUUAUAAAUAAAUUUUUUCUUAUCCUUAAAAUAAGAAUUCACCAAAUAUUCAACAUCUACAUUUUUUGAAAGAAUAUUGUUUAUGAUAAACUUUAGUGAGAAAAAAAUACUAAAUUACAUUGAAAAUCUCGAUGUAAAAUAAUACAUGUGCAACAUAUGUAAAAUGUACAUGUUAGUAAUGUUUUGUUUAAAUAGCAGUAUUGAACCUUGAACAAGUUUUUCCCUUUACUAAAUUUAUACUUUUUUUUAUUUCUGGAUUUUCAACAUGUUGUAGUUCAGUUCUUUAUUGUUUUCUUUUAAAAACCUUUUUUUUCUAUCAAAAUUGAAUUCCCUGAACUUUUCCCCAUUCAGGUAUUAACACUGUAAUUUAUUACAGAUAAAAAAUUAUAUUUACCUAUAAAAAAUGUGAAAUGUAUCUUUAUGAAAAUUUAGAAAUUUGACAAAAAAAUUAUUUUUUAAUAUUAUGCUGUAAAAUGCCCAAGAAAUGUAUCUUAAAUAUAACUAUUUGUGACAUACGCAAAUGAUUAUAGAAUAAUUCAAAGUUAAUAAACAAUAUUCAUGUGUUUUUAAGUACCAUUAUUUCUUCCUUCCAGUUAUUAAGAAAAAAUUGUAUAUUUUUCACAAUCUUGUUGAAAGGCUAUAAAUGUGUGAGUUUGAAAUAUCAAUUAACUUCGGAGUAACUUUCUGUUCUAAGGGCUUUUUAAUUAACAUUAAGUACCUUUCCCAGUAAGUCGCUUUUUACUCAUUCAGAAAACCAAUAUUAGUGAAAGGAACUAAGAGCCGCUAACAAAAAUUUUCAUUGCCUCAUAACAUGCUUGUGUAAGCAAAGGUUUUAUAAACAUUCUGUUUAAGAAGCUGAAUCAAUAUAUACUGUGUGAUUCCUUAAUUACUUUUUCAAAUUAGUGAGUUGACAAUAUGUUUCUAAUGUCAUUAGUUAUUGAAAAUUUUAUUAUGAAUAUUAUAUGAAAUCUGUUUAUUAAUUAUUAAUCGUGAUAUGCUUUGAUUGCAAUAUUUUAUAUUGUAAAAUUUACCAAAGUCAUGUUAUUUUAUUUUGUGUUUAUUUUAUUUAGUACGAGUUGUGUAUCUUUCUUUUGCACACGACUAUAGUGAUAAGUUGAUUUUCUUACAGCAAAUUUAUUUUAUAGAUGUAAUGUGAUAACUUGAUUGUUUGUCUUGUUUAUUUUUUAAAUUUUGCUAUUUAAAAAACAUGUGCUGUAUUUUAGAAAAAGUGAAUUUGUGGAAUAUGUUGUUAUAUUUUGACAGUGUUAUAAUUUCUUUUUAUUUGGUCACAAUUCAUCAUACUUUUUGUUGUCAAUUUUUAUUAUAAUUUAUGAGUUUUCAUAACCAAUCAUAUUCAUAUAUAUUUAACCCAAAGUAAUUGUGUUUAUAUAGUUAGAAUUUUUUUUAGGAAAAGGAAAUUCUGUUACUACUAUUUCAAAUUACUUUAUAAGUUAGUAAACAUAUACAAAUAUUUUCUUUUGUGUGUUAAUUAACUUUGCGAAUUAGAGUACUAUAUGUUUUUCAUUAUUUGUAAUUAUUAAAUUUAUAAAUCUGAAUCAUCAAGAAUUAAAGCAAAUUUUUAUAAAUUAUCUAAGCCUGAUCAAUGUUGAUUUUCAUUUUAAGUACUUUUCUUCUGAUCUGCUCUUUCUUAAUCUUAAGUACUCUUAAUAACUCAUAAUUCCCUUUUGAAUGCAAUGUUACAUUUAUGAUUUAUUUAAGUGCUUAGUUUACUUUUAUUGCCUUUUUAAAGGAGAAAUGCAUAUUUUUGUUUACAACAUCUUUUUACCCUUUAGUCUCUACAGUAGACUUUUUACCAUUUUUUUUUUUUUUUAACUGAUCUACCAAGUAAAAGUAGAAACAUGUUCUAAUAUUAAGUAAAGAAAGUUUGAUAUCACUAUUUGAGCAUAUUUUAGAGUCUGGAACAUGCUUUAGUUGUUGUGAUCCAAGUUAUUAGUUUAAACAUGUUAUUAACUUUAAUUUUACAAUAAAUAUUUUAGGCAUUCUCUUUGUCAUUUCAACUGACAAGUAUUAGUUUCCACUCUAAUACUAGAUUGGGCAAAAGAGAGAGAAAAAAAAAUUUAAAACACGGUGAUAUAGCAACACUUUAUGUAUACUAUUUCCAUUUACAGAAGUAAGCUUAACUGAUGAGUUUUGUCAUUUUCUAUUAUUAUUUUUAAUAAAACUUAUAAAAUUUGCUAACAUUUAAAAAAAAAUAAUUUAAAAUAAUUGUAUGUAUUCACUGUUAUUAAAAACUAUUAUAAAUUGCAAUUUGAUUUAAUUAGUUUAAAUUUUUUUUCAUGCUGUAUAAAAUUAUAUGCUUGAUAUGCUCCAUUAAUCUAUAUAAACUAUUAAAAAAAAUAGCUGUGGAACUGUUAUUUAAUAUAGUUACUGCAUAAAUGCUUUUUGAUAAAUUAUAAAUUUAGUUUUUUUUUCUCUGUUUGUAGUAACUUAUCAUAUUGCAGAAUUAGGGAAAAGAGAAAUAAACGGGAAUUAAUAUACAUAUAGAAAUUACAGAAUCUUUACACUUGAAACGCUCUGCAUCAUUAAGUACUUCUUGCUAAAAUUAAUGAGGGCAAAAAGAAACUUUUGAAAAUGUGCUCAUAAGUCAUCACAGUGAAAAGUCUAUUAGUAUUAUUCAUCUAUGGUCACUACUUUUAAACAAAAAUAUAAAAUAGUUUCUUUUAAAUAAAAUGGCACCUUUGCAUUGCAAAAGUAUAAGAGUACAAUAUGUUAUAUUAACAAGAAAUAUAAAUCUAUAUUUUAAAUAUGUAUUUUUCAUUGCGCAAAAAGCAGAAAAUGUGUACUUUAAUUCACCAAUAAAUUUUGUUGCAGCUCCAACUUUAGUAAUUUACUUACAACUUGUAUAAAUCAGCUAAAUAUUGAUUUUAGAUUUUCAAAUAAUGUUAAUGCAUUGAUCAACUGAAAAUGUUUUAAUUUAUGGGUUUUGCAGUCUUAAAAAGGUAUGCCUACAAAGAUUCAUUGUACCUUUUUAUGUUUAAUAAUCUUUUUCUAACGUUGGAUUUUUCUCGACGUAAAAAAUAAUUCAAUUUUAAACAUUUUGAAAGAAAAAAAAUUUUGAUUUCAAAACUUAGCAUUAGUUUUGUUUUAGUUUCCAUGAUAGUAUCCAUUGAUGAGCUAUCAGUUAAUUAAUAUCCAUGAUAGUGUCUACAUUUUUUUAAUAUAUUGAUUUUGAUUUUAAUGAUAAAUAAUUUUUAAUAAAAUCUCAAUUUAUCCAUUAGUGUAUGAAAGGACUUGUGGCUAGAGUAUCAGGAUUUAGAAGUGAUAAGUACUUUUCUUGAAUUUCAUUAUUUUAUCAUACUUGCUUAGCAAUUGCAAUAUCUUCCCUAUUUUUUAUUUAUUUUUUACUCCUAUGAUACUAUAGUUAAUAUUGAAUAGUAAAACUUAUGUCCUUCUGCGUUUGUGUAAUUUACUCUCACUAUGUAUUGUUCCAAUUCUGUUGUAAUUUUUAGUGUGCUAGACAGUUGAGAAUUGUAUCAUGUGUUACAAACAUGAAAAAGAAAGUUUUAGACACCUAUAGGCAUCAGGAGAAAAUCAACAUGUUCACAACCUUUGUUUUAAACUUUAUUGCUGUUUUCUAAUUGCAAGCACAACCUUAUGAGAUAAGGAUUUUUCUUAAAAAACAGCUUUUUUUCCUCAUCAUACAGUACAGUUUAGAUUCUUGAAAUUAAAUUUAAUAAUUAAGUAAUACUAAUUAAUGAAUUAGCAAAUGUUUUUUGAAAUAGAAUUAAAUUAUUUGGUUCUAUUCUUUGUUUCUCUUUUUACACAAAAGUUACAUUGGAAUAUCACUGGAAAAUGAGUAGAAAAUUAAAUCUAUUUCUUGUCAAUUGAAAUCAAAAGCCUACAAGUACUAAUGUUCAAUUAAAACUCAUUAAACUCUUUUUGAGUUUUCUCUAAAUGUGUUUGACCUAAUUGAAAUUCUAUAUAAAUUUUUUCUCUACUCUCAUAAGUUGUUAGUGAUAUCAUUGCUGUAUUAAAAUUAUAAAUCUUCAAAGAAAAAUCAUUUUUAUCUCAUGCUACUCAAGAUUUACUUUUAUGUUAUAUGUUACUGUAUUGUGUUAUAAAUAUUAUUUUCUUAUGCUAGUUAUUAUAUAAUAAUUAGUAUAUUGUCUGUUUUAUAUUAUUCUUACUUUAAAUUGUGGGAGAAAAAGAAUCUGUGUAUUUUUCAUCAAUAUUUAUAUUUUUAUAUGACUCAUGACUUCGUAAUGGUGUGCUCAUAUUUAAAAAGUUAUAGUAAAAUAUAUUUGACUGCCUAGCUGCCAACUUAUACAAAUUUUUUCAUAACAUUAUAUUUUUUUAUUUAAAGUGGUAGCAAAAUUUAUGCUUUAUUUUCAUAUCUUGAAUUCAUAAAUUUAGUUUUAAAACAUUUUGACCACCAUCAAAUAUAAAUAAAUCACAUAUAUAUUUAAAAGCAUCAUAACUCAACAAUGGAGUGUUCAGAUUCUGACUAAAUUAAAAAAUAUUUCUGCAUACAAUUGUAAUUCAAUUUCCAUAUCACUACCACUUGGGAAAUUCAUCCUCAAGAAAAGUAAAAGUUGGCAGGUAUGGGACUGCUUUUUUCUGUACAUAAAUCAUUCUUAUACAAGAUAAUUGCUGCCAUUUGGAUUUUGUAUUUAUGUAGAGUCUUGAUAUAAUAAAACUUCAGUUUCCUAAAUAAAUGUAUUUCAUUUGAUAUUAAAAUUUAUUUUAUGGUUAUAA